CUCUCCGGUAGAUAUUAGGUCAUAGCCUUUAUAAUUGAUUAGUAAUCAAGAUAAAAGUCAUGUUCUUUUGCAUUGUGUCAGAAAUUUUCCCAGAAGGAAAAUUGAUUAAUGCAAGCUUACGUUGAUUUAUUUUUUUUUCCCCAGAAAAACCAUUUGAGUAUUUCCAUUAAAUAUUUUGGCAGAACAUUUCCAGUAAGAAACACCGCAGCAUCUUGGACAACAGUUGUUCUUUUAGGUCACAUGACAAUCUGAACAAAUUGUUUAUUCAGCUGUUUCUGUGAAUGGGGAUAUAUUGUCCAACCGGCAGCACUAUCAGACACUCUUCAGCCACCGUGGUUCACAGACACUUCACCAGCAUGAACACAAUUUUCUUCACCGGCCAAAUCAUUGGCGUAGUCUCUAUCUUCGCCGUCGUCUUCUUCGUCCUCGCCGGGCUGGUUUCCCGCCUCUGCCGCAGCCACGUGCAGGACGGCCACGGCCGCGCUGUGCUGAUAACAGGCUGCGACAGCGGCUUCGGACACCAGCUGGCUCGGUCUCUGGACCAGAAAGGCUUUGUGGUGUUCGCUGGGUGUUUGUCUCCAGAGGGAGCCGGGGCCCAGAGCCUGGCCAGACAGAGCUCCAGUAAUCUGAGAAUCCUCCAGCUGGAUGUCACCAGGGAUGAAGACAUGCAGAAGGCCAAGAAGAUGGUCCAGGAGAACCUGCCAGACAAAGGCCUGUGGGCAGUUGUGAACAACGCUGGCAUCUCCGACUGGGCCGAGAUCGAAUGGAGCACUAUUGAAGAUUUUCGCAACAUGGUCGACAUCAACCUGUUUGGCUCCAUCAGGACCACGUCUGCAUUUCUACCUUUGAUUCGUGAAGCCAAAGGUCGGAUGGUUUACAUGUCGAGCAUCUUUGCUUUCUUCAACUGCCUGAACAUGGCAGCUUACAGUGUGUCAAAGAGAGGACUGGAGGCCUUUGCAGAUUGCCUACGGGUUGAAAUGGCCAGUUUUGGUGUGAAGGUCAGCAUCAUCCAGCCAGGUAACUUCGGCCAAGCCACCAACAUCGUGAAGAUGAAAACAGGUUUGGAUAUUUGGGAGAAAUUAGACGAUGAACGUAAGCUAAUCUUCAACCAGCAGUACAUCGAGCUGGCCAACGAGUACUUCAUGUCAACAUGCAGUUCAGGGUUCAAGAACAGCGACAUGGUCAUCGACGCCAUGCUGCACGCCAUCACGUCAGCUCGGCCUAAGCGCAGAUACCUGCUGGUCUCAGCUGCCGAUAUGUUCUUCUUCCAGCUCUUCCCUUUCCUCCCCACCGCCCUCACCGACGCUGUGUUUUCGCUCAGCUCCAUGUACGCUAAAAGAAAAGAAAUGCUUUACACUAAACAAGAGAGACUUUAGGAGUGAGGCGGUGGAAGCAGGGGCGUAGCAGAACAUUCUGGGCCCUGUAGAAAGCCAUUCUCUAUGAGCCUCUCCCCGCAUCCACAGCUGUUCAUUCUAGCAUCUUUUUGCAUGCUGUGAAACAACAACAUCUUCAUUUGAUCCAUCUGAUAUUAUUUCUGUACAAUCUGUGGGCUGCUGAUUCAAUCCAUCGAUUCAUGCAAAUGAUUACGAGAUUUUAAAAUGAAACAUAAUCUUUGGUGAAAUAGUAGACGUAACGUGUGCAAUGAAGAAAAAAUAAUCACAGAAGGGUUUAGAGAGUUUUAGUUAUUGCGUGUGUGUGUGUGUGUGUGUGUGUGUGUGUGUGUGAUUUCUUCUUUAAUUUGAACUGCCUCCUUUAAAUGUACACAGCCUGCUACCUGCAUGCAGAAACAGAAUCUCUGUUUUAAUGACCUGAAGUCAGAAGAAGUUUGUCAGGCUCAGCUGAAAGAAGCUUUGCAGUAAGAAGGUUUGGAGAUCCAGUGUGAUAACAAUACUGAUGUUAAUGUGAACAUUAAGUGAUGAUUAUUAGUUAACUGAAGUUACUACAAAUGAAGGGUUGUCAGUUAAAACUGUGGCUGAAAUGACCCUGAGACAUGCUAUUGUACCAUUAUUAUGUUAUUAACCCCCCAAACAAGAAAUAAAUA